GUCCCAUUGAACCCACUCAAGACACCUUGUCAUAUUACGUGGUGUGGCUCGCUCACCACAUAGAACCUCGUUCUGUCGACAAUUAUCUGUCUGGCAUCGCUAAUCACCUCGAGUUGUUGUAUCCCGAUGUCCGCAACGCACGGCGGUCCCCACUGGUAUCACGAACACUACAAGGUUGUAAGUGUCGCCUAUCCAAGCCCAUUCAUCAAAAGUUACCAUUGGGACUGGACGACCUCACUUGAAUCGGACAAUGGAUUGCAUGUGCUGCAGUACUUAGCAGCACACGACACCUCAUUCCUGCAUCAUCCUGCUCUAUGGGUAACUAGUGCUGGCAUCGUGCCUACGCGAUCGUGGUUCCUUCGACGUCUGCAUCAUUUCGGUGGGAAUGAGUUCUCUGGGCACUCCAUGAGGGCAGGCGGUGCCACGGCUCUAGCGGCAGCAGGUAUGGCUCUGGAUCUGAUCCGAGCUGCAGGAAGGUGGUCAUCGGAUGAAUUUAAUAACACGAGCGCCAUAAACAAUCGUCUCCUUCACAGGUCUCUACGUCACACAUCUCGCACUCUAUCAUUUCUCGCAGUCUAUUCUAUCUCGCACGCGAUGGCACUCGCAUAGUCCCUCGACUAUUUUGAGAAAAAAAAAAAA